GAUUUCUGAGGGGCUAUCGGUUGCUCAUUAGUUGCGGGGCCUGCCCUCACCACAGAUUCCAGAAAGCCCAGCAAUGCACACUCAGCCCUCAGUGGGCCGUCUCUGAAGGUUCUGUCCCUGUUUCUCGCUGGUUCUCCGGCCUGCAGGAGCCCAGGCUGAGAGCAGACACCCAACCUGCCGAACCUGUCUGACGUCAUCGUCUCUCCACCCACCUGGGCCCCAGGUCUCCAGCCGCCCAGCUCUUCCUGUUCUCAGCUUCCGUCCUCUCAGCCUCCUCACAGCACCCCCACCUGCCAGAGCUGAUCUUCCCUAGGCCCUGCCUAACCUUGAGUUGGCCCCCAAUCCCCCUGGCUGCAAAAGUCUCCUUACCGCCAAUGAGAGGAGGGGCAGGCCCAGAUCUUUUGCGAGCUGAGGGUUGAAGGCAUUGAGCCAACACAGAGACUUGUCACCUCUGACCCCGAAGACACCUGCACCCUCCAUGCGGAGCCAAGAUGGGGAAUGGAAAGGAAGAAGAUUAUAACUUUGUCUUCAAGGUGGUGCUGAUCGGCGAAUCAGGUGUGGGGAAGACCAAUCUGCUCUCCCGAUUCACGCGCAAUGAGUUCAGCCACGACAGCCGCACCACCAUCGGGGUUGAGUUCUCCACCCGCACUGUGAUGUUGGGCACCGCUGCUGUCAAGGCUCAGAUCUGGGACACAGCUGGCCUGGAGCGGUACCGAGCCAUCACCUCGGCGUACUAUCGUGGUGCAGUGGGAGCCCUCCUGGUGUUUGACCUAACGAAGCACCACACCUAUGCUGUGGUGGAGCGCUGGCUGAAGGAGCUCUAUGACCAUGCUGAAGCCACAAUCGUUGUCAUGCUCGUGGGUAACAAGAGUGACCUCAGCCAGGCCCGCGAAGUGCCCACUGAGGAGGCCCGCAUGUUCGCUGAAAACAAUGGACUGCUCUUCCUGGAGACCUCAGCCCUGGACUCCACCAACGUUGAGCUAGCCUUUGAGACUGUCCUAAAAGAGAUCUUUGAGAAGGUGUCCAAGCAGAGACAGAACAGCACCCGGACCAAUGCCAUCACUCUGGGCAGUGCUCAGGGUGGGCAGGAGCCUGGCUCUGGGGAGAAGAGGGCCUGUUGCAUCAGCCUCUGACCUUGGCCAGCAUCAGCCUGCCCCAACUGGCUUCUGGUACCCCCUGUCCCCACCUCAGCCCCAGGGCCUUUCCCUGCCCUUUGGUUCCAGAUGUCAGACUGUUCCCUAUUCACAGCACCCCCAGGGCCUUAAGGUCUUCAUGCCCUAUCACAAAUACCUCUUUUAUCUGUCCACUCCUCAGACUCAGACCCUCAAAUAAAGCUGUUCUGUAUCAACGCCUGGUCA